CCUUUCUUCUUCACCUUGAGGCUCGUCUGACGCUUGCCUCACCCCUCCUCGAUUCAUGCUCCGUAUGACCGCCAGGAACAACUCUCCGAGGCGCCUCGUACCGCUCCUCUCCCUACCCCUCCCACCCCCCUCGCAACGCCUCACCAAUAAUCUCCUACCCGAUGCCUACACACCUUCUCCCACCUCUCUCCUCUCCACUCCAGACUCAACACCAAGUCUAGUCAGGAGAGCCAGACCCGUACCGCAAGGAGCAGGCUUCAGUUAUGUCACUCCACUCCCAUUGCCGUUCCCUUAUGAGUUUCCAGCCGAGCAAAAGGAAGAGAGUGACAAGGAGGUCAGUUUAGGCGAGCAGCACAGGCGAGAAGCCGAAGCCGAAGGGGGAGGAGCAGAUGCGGAUUCUGCCGAGGCUCGCUACGAGCGGCAGAUGCAAGAGGUGGAGAGGGUGAUGAGACGGUAUGAGAUCCAGGUCUCGGAACUCGACAAGCCGGAAUACCCUGCAAAGGAUGCGGAGGGUCUGGCUGGAUACCUCACUCCGGCCAAGCGCGCUCAGACGUACCCUUCGGCUCGACUGCUGGGUCUGAGCGCAGCAGCACUGAGGGACUGUCUUCCAAAUCUGGAUGUGGGAGACGCCUUUGAGUUCAUCAAGAGCACAAGCGGUAGGGAUGGCCCUGACACUUAUGCCUCGGGACCCAUGGCGCCUCAGCCCAAGGACGAUGCAGCUCGUGCCCGCUUUCAGCUCAGUGACGUUCUCGCCGGCCGAGCCGUCGCGGCCGUCUUGCCCAGCGAAGAGUCACAGCUGGAUGACAUGGCAGGCUGCGGAGUCUGGGCUCGAAGAGUUGGACAAGGAUGGAAAGACGAGUCUCUUCAGCAGAGGUGGGAGAGGAGAAAUGGAGAGUUGCUGGAAAGGCAGAAGCAAAAGACGUACUUGGGCUGGUCGAACGCCUACGCUGGACAUCAAUUUGGAUCUUGGGCUGGGCAAUUGGGGGAUGGACGUGCGAUCACGCUCUUCGAGACGAUCAAUCCAGAAAAUAAUGAGAGGUGGGAAAUUCAGCUCAAGGGAGCCGGGCGGACGCCAUACUCGCGUUUUGCAGAUGGAUUGGCAACACUCGGCAGCAGUGUCAGAGAGUUCUUGGGCAGCGAGUCCAUCGCCGCCCUGGGCAUCCCGACUUCUCGCGCCCUGUCGGUUAUCUCCCUGCCGGAUGUCGAGGUGGUGCGAGAGCGGCGCAACGUAUCUGCCAUCACCUCACGACUUGCCCAGAGCUGGAUUCGGAUCGGCUCCUUCCAACUCCCAGCUUCGCGCUCAGACUGGGAGAUUGUAAGACUCUUGGGAGAGUACGUCUCCCGCAUCUUGUUCAACUUUGAAGGCAUCCCUAGUGCGCAAACACCAGAUUCACCUCGAGAGAAGUGGGCCACCCGUCUAUUGUUCGAGAGCGCAAGGCGCAACGCUCGCAUGGUCGCUGGAUGGCAGGCGGUAGGUUGGACACAUGGAGUGCUCAACACCGACAACAUUUCCAUCCUCGGCUUGACAAUCGACUAUGGACCGUAUGGCUUCCUCGACAUCUUCUCGCAAGACGUCACGCCCAAUCACUCUGACGAGAUGUCGAGAUAUUCGUACAAGAUGCAGCCUUCGAUGGUCCUCUUUGCCAUGAAGCAGCUCCUCACCUCCCUCUCUCCCAUCAUCGGCUUCGAAGAGGAGAAUGGCCGUGCCCCUAACCCUGGAGAGUUGGCAAGCCUGGAGCCCGAGAAGCUCAAGGCGCUUGCAGAGUUCGGAGAGGCGACGCAGCGGGCUGAUCUGGAGGAGGUCUUUAUCAACACAACAAUGGAAGAGUGGAGACGUCGCUUCCGUCUCCGUCUGGGCCUCAAGAAUGCCGAAGAGGACGAAAAGGGUGCCCUCUUCGACCCGCUCUUGGACGUCCUCGAAGAACUCGACUUCACUCUCACCCUCAGGAAGCUCAAAGAGUUCCCGUCUAUCCUUGAAGAGAAUCUCAAGAGCGCUGAGGGUCAAGAGGAGGGGAUCAAGAAGGCCGUUGAAUCAUUCAGUGCUGAUUGGUACGACCAGUCUCGCGUGCUGGCCUACCUCCGAGACCAGAAGCGUGACCAAGCGCAGGGCUGGCUGACAAAGUACGCCCAGCGACUUUUACGAGAUCUCGGUGUCGGCUCUGGCUCUAGCUCUUCGCCCGCUGUAGGCUGGGGUACCUCCCUCCGCGAGGAAAUGUCGCAGCACAAUCCCCGUUUCGUAUUGCGCAAUUGGGUGGGCGAAGAAGUCAUCAAGCGUCUCGAGGAGAAGGACGAUACCCUCUUCCUGGACCGGGUACUGCAGAUGUGUCUCCACCCCUGCAAGGAGUGGGGACAGGACGACGGAUCGGGAAAGAGUGCUGAGCUCCUUGAGGAGGAAGCGAGACUGUGCGAGAUUGGAGAACCGCUACAGAGGAAUAUGCCUUCGUGCUCUUCCUGAAUUGGGGGACUGAAGCGCAAUCAUACCAUGUCUGUCUGAUUUAUUCUGAUACUGUACGUUUCGUGGUGCUGUGGGAUCAAUAAUGACUAUUGUACAAAUGCAUCUC